AUGGUUGCUAAAUAUGAUGAUCUAGAAAGAAUAGGUAUCAGAGGUCCACCAGGUUUACCUGGACUGAGAGGUCCACCUGGUGUAAAAGGUGCUACAACUAUAGGACCUCCGGGCAUGUGUGGACCACCCGGUCAGACAGGAAUGCCAGGACCAUCCUAUGCAGGACAGCCAGGAACAUCUGGAAUGCCAGGAAGAAAGGGCGAAAGAGGAAUCUGUGGGCCAACUGGUGACAUAGGACCUCAAGGACAACCAGGACUUCAAGGGUCUCCUGGACCUGUAGGUUCUCCUGGAGGUACAACAAAAGCCGUGGAUGGUGAGGCAGGUCCACAAGGACCUCCAGGAUCUGCAGGAUCAAGAGGUGAACAUGGAAUCUUUGGGGAACCAGGAUAUCCGGGUCUGUGUGGAGAAAAAGGUGAUGUUGAAUUUGGCCCUCCUGGCCUUACAGGACCAAAGGGAUAUCCAGGGCCACAAGGUGAGCCAGGAACUCUUGGCAAAAUAUUUGCAGGUCUACCAGGCAUUCCUGGUAUUCAUGGUAUUUCAGGAGAAAAAGGCGAAAGUGGAGAACACGGUAGACCUGGAGCUGCUGGUUUACCUGGUGAAAGAGGCUCAGAGGGGCCUCCUGGUAUAUCAAUUUCAAUGCCAGGAGCAGAUGGGAAACCAGGACUUCCAGGGCUUCCUGGGAGCAAGGGUUCUCCAGGUCCACAAGGUGUACCAGGUAUUCCUGGACCACCAGCUAUUGGAAAAGCAGGUUUGCCAGGCCUUAAAGGUGAACCUGGUCCCAGAGGUAUGGAUGGCUUUCCUGGCGAGAAGGGUGUUCGAGGAAUAGAUGGAGAAUCUGGUAUCGCAGGAUCCACAGGGGUAUCAGGGCCAAUAGGACCAGCAGGUCUGCCAGGUACUCCAGGCGAAGACGGUAAUCCAGGACCACCAGGAGAACCUGGCAAUAUAGGCCUGCCAGGAAUUCCUGGAUUACAAGGUGACGAAGGACCAACAGGUGCUCCAGGAAAAUCAGGAAUUCUAGGAGAAGAAGGUAUCCCAGGAUUACAAGGAAAAGAAGGGCCACCUGGCCCACAAGGUGAUAAAGGACCCAUAGGUAGACCUGGUGAAGUUGGUAUACAAGGCAUUCCUGGCUUUCAAGGACCACUGGGGAUUCAAGGUAAUUAUGGAGAAAUGGGACCUGCUGGCAAAAUAGGGGAACAAGGUCUAAAUGGGUCUCGAGGUCCUCCAGGACAGAAAGGCAUGAGAGGAGAUCCAGGAAAGCCAGGUCCACCAGGCCUUUCCAGCCCUUUCAUAUCGGGAACCCUUUUGGGAGAAGGUAUGGAAACAUCCAGUGAUGCAAAACUGCAGGGACCUCCAGGUAUCCCUGGUCCACCAGGCCCACCAGGUUUACUGGGUCCCCCGGGCCCACCAGGAGAAACUGUAAUCCAAUCAAUACCAAAUCCUGAUCAAGGUUUUAAAGCCAUUCUCACUACACCAUAUUCUACAACAGGAAUGCCAAUAGUUUUUGACCGAAUACUGUACAAUCAAGCCCAUGUCUAUGAUCCAGAAACAGGAGUUUUCACAUGUCGAGUACCAGGCAUCUACUAUUUCUCCUAUCACAUCCAUGUCAAAGGCAAAAGUGUUCAGGUUGCACUGUAUAAAAAUGGUGAACCAAUUCUAUACACAUAUGAUGACUACAAUGAAAAGAAGAUUGAUCAAGCCUCAGGCAGUGUUGUGUUACAGUUACAGGAAAUAGAUAAAAUAUACUUACAGUUGCCCUUCCAGCAGUUUAAUGGAUUAUAUUCCUCUGAUAAAAUGCAAUCAUCCUUCUCAGGAUUUCUGGUUCACCAAACAAAUUCAUUGAAGUAGGGAGACU